AACAACAUGAGGACGAGAAGAAUCACUUCCGAGGGCAUAGAGCAGAAAACACACACACAACCCUGCAGACAGCGGCUUUUACAGACACACACGAGUUUUUAAGUGUUGUGUUUGCGAGGUAAAGAUGCUAACAAUGUGGUCGUGAUCUGCAAUGUGAUGUUUGACAGGUGAAAGGUUGUUUUUACUGACGUUUGAGGAAACCCGCUUGAGGCCCGUCUCCUGUCAGUGAUCAUGGCUGAUGAUCCUCAGAGAAACUUCCGCUCGACGUAUUAUGAGAAAGUGGGUUUCAGAGGAGUGGAGGAGAAGAAAUCACUGGAGAUCCUGCUGAAGGACAACCCUCUGGAUGUGGAGAAGCUGAGCACCUUCAGCCAGAGGUUUCCCCUGCCCUCCAUGUACCGCAUCCACGUGUGGAAAGUCUUGCUGGGUAUUCUGCCUCCUCACAGUGACUCUCACGCUCUGGUGCGUCAGUAUCGUGUGGAUCAGUUUGAGGACGUGAGCGGCGCUCUGACCGUCAUGCGCUUCAUCCACGCCUCCACACCGCAGACAGAGAUCUACCUGCGCAUGUUCCAGCUGGAGAACCACACGCUGCCCCGCAGGACCGAGCUCCGGCCGCCCGAUGCGGAGGAUGAAAACUUCCUGGCGAUCGCUCGAGCGAUGGAGGAGAUCGUGGAUGACCCGGUGGACUGUUUCUGGCUCGUCAGAUGCUUCAUCAACCAGUUCAAGCACAAGUUUGGAGACUCCAUCCCUCACCUGCCGAAGAGUCUGGAGCACUUCCUGUCUCAGGAGGAUGUGUGUCUGCUGUCUCACCUGAAGGCGUCUGGAGCUCUGGCUUCACUACCGUACUCACUGUGGUUCAGACGCUGCUUCGCCGGCUGCUUACCAGAGUCCAGCCUACAAAGGGUGUGGGAUAAAGUCAUCAGCGGCUCCUGUAAGAUCCUGGUGUUUGUAGCAGUGGAGAUUCUGCUCAGCUAUAAGAUCAUGAUCAUGGGAAUGAACCAGCCGGACGCAGUUUACCACUUCCUGACUAACAUGCCGCAGGAAAACACAGACGCCAUCGUCACCAAAGCCAUCGAUCUGUGGCACAAAUACUGCGGGACGCCCAUGCACUCUGUCUGAACAACUGUGUGUGUGUGUGUGUGUGUGUGUGUGCGCGUGCGUGCGUGCGUGCGUGCGUGUGUUAGUGUUUUUUUUGAGCGUGUUUGUGAGUGUGUUAGUGUUUAUGAGUGAUUCAGUGUGUGUGCGUGCGUGCGUGUGCGUGUGUGUGUGUGUACACAUGCUGGUGUUGGUGUGUGUUUGUGUGUGUGUGUUUGUUUGAGUGUGUGUGUUUGUGAGUGUGUUAGUGUUUAUGAAUGAUUUUGUGUGUGUGUGUGUGUUUGUUUGUUUGAGAGUGUGUGUGUUUAUUUUUGUGUGUUUGUGAGUGUGUUAGUUUUUAUGAAUGAUUUAGGGUGUGUGUGUGUUUGUGUGUGUGUGUGUUUGUUUGAGAGUGUGUGUGUUUAUUUUUGUGUGUUUGUGAGUGUGUUAGUUUUUAUGAAUGAUUUAGGGUGUGUGUGUGUGUGUGUGUGUGUGUGUGUUUGUUUGAGAGUGUGUGUGUUUAUUUUUGUGUGUUUGUGAGUGUGUCCGUGUUUAUGAAUAAUUUCGUGUGUGUAUGUACUGGUUUUGGUGGUUUACAAGGACAGAAGUGUGUAUAAUAGGUAUUACAACAUUGACAUGGUUUAUGAGGACAUGCGUUAUGUCCUCAUAAUUCAAAACUGGUUAAAAUCACAGUAACAGUCUUCAAAACAGAUAAUGCCAGAUAAACCACCAAAACCUGUCUGUGUGUAGUGGUUUUGGUGGUUUACAAGGACGGAAAUAUGCAUAAUGACCUAUAGAUAUUACAACAUUGAGAUGGUUUAUGGGGACAUGCUUUUGGUUUUGGUGAUUUAUGAGAACUCUCCGUAGGUAUAAUCUAUUUAUACUGUAAAAAUGUGAACAUGAAGACUCUGUUAAUAUGAUUUGAACCAGUUUGAAUUACAAGGACAUAAAGCAUGUCCUCAUAAACCACCUCAAUGUUGUAAAACCAAUUGGUCAUUAUGCACAUUUCUGUCCCUGUAAUCCACCAAAGCCACUACACACAGACAUGUUUUGGUGGUUUAUGAGGACAUGCUUUAUGUCCUCGUAAUUCAAAACUGUUUAAAAUCAUAUUAACAGUCUUCAUGUUCACAUUUUUACAGUAUAAUAUAGAUUAUACCUAUGGAGAGUCCUCAUAAACCACCAAAACCAGUGUGUGUGUGUGUUUAAAUGAACACAUGAGCCAAAUUGUGUAUUAUUUAUAUGUAGAAAGUGCUUCAAAAUCCCCAUUUGAAGAUAGAUAAACCCAAUAACAGCAGCCUGUCGGUCUGGAAAGAACAAGUGUAAAUAAAUCAAUCAAUCAAUAAAGACAGAGAUGCAUAUAAAUCUA